CUAGCAGUAACGAUUACAGCCGUUCUCAAUUUCUUCCCUCCGUACCAAAACAUUGACAACCCUUUGUAAGAUGAGUCUCGUAUCCACCGACCACAAGCCCAACUACGAAACGAUUGAGAACCAACUUGACGUCCACGAGAUGGCUUUGGAAGACUCGGUCGUCACGGUGGACAAAGAAUUCACGCCCUCGUCUACUUCGACCUCCAGAUUCUUCCAGAUCCUCUGCAUCGGGGCAGCCUGUGUGGGUGCCUACGGAUGCCUCUAUCGGACCCUGGCGAACGCGGAUCUUCGUCCCCAUUGGUCUUCCACCUCUGCUAAUCUCGCGCCCUCUUCCGUGUCGUCGCUCAUGUCCGUACCGCUGGAAGGAUCCGCACACGACAAGAACUCUACACACCAACAACACUCUGCCCAUCAUCAUCAACACUCCGGAGACCACCACCAUUCCGGACACGACAAGGACUCUGCGCAUCACAAGGACUCCGCCCGCGCUUGUACGUUUGACGAAUGCUACCAGACCAGCUGCGACGCUGAAACGGCACCCUACACGUGUCUCUUCCACAACGGGGGUCCGCAUGGAGGAUGUUCCGUCACUCCCUGGACCGACUCGACCUGCGACGAUCAGUGCGAUCUGCAUGAUUGCAACGACUACGACGUUCCCGAUUCGGUCGAGCGCUGUGACACACCCUGCGACGAGUCCUGGUGUACGGAGUCCGGCGGGCAAGUCUGUCCUACCAAUGUGCCUUACCAGUGUAUGGAUGGGUCGGCACGCUUUGGGUGUAGUACGGACGAACUCCAGUGGACCCUCAAGACAGACGAAACAACCUGCGGGCAUUGUUGCGACGCCACCAGUUGCUACUAACUGUAAAACACGGAAACACAAGUAAAAAUACGGCUACUACGACUGGGGAAAGGAACAAGCAGGUCCUGGACAUCUUUAUAACUUGGCUCCCGAACAUUGACUAUUACUUCGGCGUACGUAUAGAUAUCUAUAGAACUUCGUCAUUGACU